GUGUUCGUGUGUGCGCGCCCUCCCAGGACCCCGCGCACUCUCGAGUGGCGGCGGCAGCAGCAGCAGCUGAAACAGCAGCCGCCUCCUCCCGAGCCCCGGGGUUUUCUGCCUGGUCGCCCCCGCCUCCCUCCCGCAUGGAGCUGUCUGCUAUUGGGGAGCAGGUGUUUGCCGUGGAGAGUAUCCGGAAGAAGCGCGUGCGCAAGGGGAAAGUGGAAUACUUGGUCAAGUGGAAAGGAUGGCCCCCAAAGUACAGCACCUGGGAGCCAGAGGAGCACAUCCUGGACCCCCGCCUCGUCAUGGCGUAUGAGGAGAAGGAGGAGAAAGAUCGUGCAUCCGGGUAUAGGAAAAGAGGCCCGAAGGCCAAACGGCUGCUGCUGCAGAGGCUGUACAGCAUGGAUUUGCGCAGUGCCCACCAGGUGAAGGGGAAGGAGAAACUCUGCUUCUCCCUGGCCCGCCAGUUUGGCGGCGGUGGCGGCGGCAGCGGCGCCCCCGACGGGGUGGGUAGGGCGGGCCCAGCACAGCUGGAAGAGAAGAGCAGCAGCGGCGUACCCACCCUGCCCUUCCCGCUCAGGAAGCAGAGCAAGGCCCAGAAGUACCUGCGGCUGUCCCGAAAGAAGUUCCCGCCCCGCCUGGAGGGCCGUGGCCAGCUUAGAGAGGCUUUUCUGGAGGAUCCCGCUGCCCAAGAGGCCAUGCAGGACACCGGCGAGUGGGACGAGGCCAUGGCCACCACUACCCCUGCUGAGCAGCACUCUGGCAAAGAGGGUGGUGACCUGUCUGAAGGGGGCCCUCCCUGGAUCCCCGCGCACCCCCCUUCUGAAGUGACGGUGACUGAUAUCACAGCCAACUCCAUCACUGUCACCUUUCGGGAAGCACAGGCCGCUGAAGGCUUCUUCCGGGACCGGAGCGGGCAGUGCUGAACCUCUCCAUUCUGACCCCUCUUUAAACGGUUUUCUGUGGGUUUGGGGCUCAGGCCAUAAGUGGUGUGGGAGGAGGGCAGUGCAAGGACUUUAUUUAAAAUGACAAACUCCUAAAAAACCAAGAGAACAAGAGGGAGAACUGAAGAGAGAUGCUCCCCACUCUCCAGUCCGCCUUCCAUCCUGGGACAGUGAUGUCUACAGAAGUUUGCUGGGGGUGGGGGGUGGGCAGGAAUGGGCCGAUCUGGGGGGAUUCUUGUCUAUUUCUCAGGUGGUGGCUGGCAUUGACCUUGCCUGAGCUGAAUGACUCAGGUCGGGGAAGCCCAGGCAGGGAAGAGGAGGGACAAGGCAAAGGAUGGGGGGGGGGUCAAAGGGCCUGCCCCAGCCUGGGGCUCCAGGACUGAGGUUGGUUUGCCAGAGUUUGCUGUAGUUUAUCCAUGCUCUUAGUUAGGCCUAUCCCAGAGGCCCUCGGGCCAAUUUCUGGGACCUGUGCAGGGGUAGGCGGCCAGAGGAUCUGAUGCCUGGAAGGAAGAAAUGGGAGCUUCCCAUUCAUCCAUGCAGAUGAGAGCCCCCCCCCCAAAAAAAAACCCAACAAAAAACAAAAACAAAACCUCCCUCCUUUCCUGCCCAGGUGCAAACAGCUUAGUGGGAAUGGGGCAUUUAUCUACUUCCACUCCAGAAGUAGGAUUCUUCUAGUGUUUAUGCUGUAAGGAAGGAUUUGGUUUAAAAAAAAAAUCCAGUUCUGUGAUCCACAUGCAUUGGGGAGGGGGGAGGAACUCCUAGUAUGGAAACUCCCUCUUGUGUACCAGAUUGGCACCUCCUCUGAAACUGAUAAACGUGUAGUCUCAGAGAGCCUCCAGAGGUGCCAACACAAGGACUGUCCCGCCCAGCUAGCGCCCAUGUCCGAGGCCAGACCUGAACCCAUGUCUUCCUUACUGUAAGGCCAGGUCUUCAGCCCGCUGCCUUUUAUAGAUCUGCUCUCCCCAGUCCUAGCACACAAGCACACACACACAUUUGUAUAAUACAUUUUCCCCCUAUUUUAUAGAUGGGGACAGUGAGGCCUCAAAAAAAGGACUGAACUGGCAGAGGCAGGACUUUGAAUUCGGGUCCAGCCUUGGAGUCAGAAGCCUUGGAUUCAAAUCUCACCUCUGAGGCUUACUCCUUGCACUGCCUCCUUAGGCCUUGGUUUACUCCUCUGCGAUGGGACCCCAGAGGGGUCCCUUGGGGGCCCUCCAGCUCCACUUUCAGUGAGCUCCAGUGAGCUUUUUUCCCCUUUCCCACUUGUUUCAGAUUUUCCAUGCCAGAGUUGUUGGAGAGAACAAGGAAGUUGCACUAACACAGGCUCCUUUCAUAGGGCUGACAGGGAGGGCAGAGAUAACAAAGGUGGGGAGAAGCUUGAGGAGGACUGGGGGCAGGGGGCAGUGGGCUGCAAGUGAAGCUAGCAGAGCCCGCUAGCAAAAACCAGGGAGACAUGAGCUCCCAUAAUCCCUAUGCUCUCAUUGAGAUCUUUAGGAGCUUCAGGGUGAUCACAGAGAAUCCAAGAGCUUGCCUCCAAAGGCCUCCAAGCACCCCAAAGCCUGCCAGCCCCCCUCCCAGCCCUGUAAGCACACACCUGUGUACACGCCACACCCUGCAGAGCAGCUGGGCGUGAAGCCAGGAUCCUCUGGGCUGGGAGGUGGCACCUGCCUGGCCUGCUUGUUCCCCCUGGGGCCUCCAGGUGAAUAAUUCAUCUUCCCUUUGGGCCUGUAUUCUAGGAGAGGAAAAAAAUCCCUUUAAAUCCCCAGCUCAAGAUACACACAAUUGUCCUGGCUGCCUGGCGUUUGAGGGGCCAAAAGUGGGCCCAUUUUACAGAUGAGGAAAUCGAGGUCCAUAGAUGGGGACAGGUUUGCUCCAGAUCUCGAUGCCAGUAAGAAGUAGAGCCGCCUGUGUAUAGGAGAGAGUCGGAGGUUUCUGUGGAAGAUCCCCAACACAUAUCCAGGUGGGCCUCACUUUAAGGACAUCCACCAUUGCUGACUUAAUGGCAGGAUGAAAAGGCACCGGCCUCAGUGUUCUCAUCUCUGAAGUGGAGGAGUAGGGGUGGACAACCUCUAUGGUCCCUUCUCGCUAAAUCUGACCUCAUAGCUCAGGUGCAGUGCCUUUCAUUGUGAGCCCUUCCCUGACCCCCCAUCUUUCCCCACCCUCCACCCCUGUUGAGAGAAACUUGAGACCUUGAGAAGAUGAGUGACUUGCCCAAGGUCUCAUGGCUUAUUUAGGUCAGGACCUCUACCCCAAGACAACAACAACAACAACAACACACACACACACACACACUCCAUUCUCAGUUGUAGAGUUUAGAGGCAGCAAUCCCGGGUUCCAAUCUUUGCUUUUUAUGACCUUGAACAGGUCUCCUGCCCUCUUGGACUUCAGUUUUCCCAUCUGUAAAAUGAGACAGUUGGAGUGGGUGAUUCCCAGGGUCCCUUCAGUGCUGGGGCCAAGCCCCCUCAAAUCCCCCACUUGCCAUCAAGGGAAGGUCAGCCCACAGGCCCCUGGAUAUGGGGGAGUCAGUGAUAAAUGGAGACAGAUUCAAAAGGCACCCCCCACCCGAGGCUGAGCCUCAGGGAUUUGGUCUCAGGCAGCUUGUGGGGCCUGACCCCCGUUUGGAGGAAGGGAUCCUUCCAAGUGACUCUUCCUUUUCGGGAUCUCUGACUCAGGUGAUGUUUACAGUCCCUCUGAACCCUCUUGGACUCUCCCCCAAACUCUCUAACACGGGGAUAAUGUUGAAGUCAGCAGAGAAAGGGCUGGUUCUAUGACAGAGUGGAUGGGAGCUUCAGCCAUCCCCAAGGGGUCUCCCCAUUCUCAGGGUAGCCUCGUUCCCUUCCUCUACUGGGAAGGAAGGAGGCAAGGAGAAUGGUCAGUUCUCCUAGGCAUAGCUGUCUUCCACCCUUCUCCAGGGCCCAACCACCUUCCUGACAAGAGCGUUCCUAAAGUAGACUUGAGGCUAGCUUGCAAGGUAGUGAGUUUUCUGUCCUUGGGGGGGUCUCCGAGUAACGGCCUCCCCCCUGAGAUGCUGGGGUGUGGGGUGCCCGCCAUCCCCUGGUUCAGGCUGGGACACUUAGGGAAGCUGUGAUGGGCAGGCACUGGACAGAAGGUCAAGCUGAGAUGAGAGAAGCCCUGCUCUCAGGGAUCUUACAGUCUGAUGGAGAGAAGAGAGGGCAUCCUUCCCUCUCUGGCUCUGCUUCCUUCCUUCCCGACUUUUCCAAACCAAAGAUAUUUUCAAGAAAGCAUCCAGUUUGUUCUCCGCCCUCCCCCUACCCACAGACACUCCCCUUUCUCUUUUUGGGGGGAAGGAUCAGGGAGGCCUCCAGCUGUUGCUGCUGAGGACCCAGCCUGUCUCCUUCCAAUUACAGGCUCUUUUAUCCCAGGUCUUGGCCUUCAACCUUUACAAGGUUGGUUCACAUGCUUCCUAUCAUCACCCCCUCUACCCUGGAGGGUGAGCUGGUCCCAGAAGAUAGAGGGAGGGGGGCAGACCAGAGACCUUGAAAAAAUGGAUGACUUACCCAAGGUCUCUUGACUUAUUUUAGGUCUGCACCCCCAACCUAAGACAACAACAAAAGCUUUGAUUUACUUAUACACAAAUACAAAGCAUUCACAUACAAAAUCCCUUCUCAGUUGUGGGGUAGUAGAAAGAACACUAGGUUUAAAGGAAGCAAUCCUGAGUUUGCAUCCUUAGCCUGCCUCUUAUAAGCCUUGUGACCUUGAACAAGUCCCCUGUCCUCCUCUGGGUCUCCGUUUUCCCCAUCUGUAAAAUGAGAAGGCUGGACAUCCUGACUGCCCAUCUGCUUCAGACCAGAUGAUGGGGAAGGGCCACCCCCAGAUCCCCUCCCCCUCCCCCUUUCUGGCCAGUGAGUUAAAGGGGAAGCCAGCCUCAUCAGCAGGAGGCCGCUCCUCUCCUCUCUUCUCCUCUCCUUUCCUCUCCUCUCCUAUCACUGCCAGGAUGACCUAUCCUCAGCUCACCCCUGGCACAGCAGGGCAUGAGCUUGGGGCCACAGGGGGUCUUGACAGGAGUUACAGGGAGGGGAGCUAGCGGCCUUCCCCUCUCCCAUCCAAGACUACUGACUUUCCUGUGUCCAUGUGCAAGGGCAUGCUUUGGGCAGACCCAGGGAGAGGCUUAUGGAGUCACCUGGCCCUGGGACAGACCCCUUAAGCUCAGCUGAGGCAGGAUUAGAGUGGGUGUCUCGCCAGCCAGUCUUGGUGAUGACAUCCCAAGAAGCAGGGUGGGACACUGAGGUCAAAUACCUAGGCCAAGCUGCUAUGGGAACAUGGGUGGAGGGGAACGAUGGACUAGGUAGAUUUGGGGAAAUGGAGUUAGGUAUAAGCAGGGUCUAGAGGGUGGGGCCCCACCCUCACUGAGCUGGCAUCAGGGAUGGUAGCAUGAGGCAGAAGGAGCUGAUCCCCCUCCUAAUGCCCUGCUUGCCACAGCCUCCUUCCCACCCCAUCUUCUCUUGGAGUCUCUUUCCUGGACUGGCACAGGGGUUGGCAAGGAGGCCACAAUCUCAGGCCCCAAUGGAAGGUGAGGUUCUAAGACCAGUAGGGAGGUCCACAAGCAGCUGCCAAAUGUGGCAAAAGGAUGAUGGGACAGAGGCUGGGGUAUUCAGAGGGCCUUGGGAAAUAGCUGCCCUAGGCUGUGGCCUUUUGUCUUUUCUCUCUCUCUCUCUCUCUCUCUCUCUCUCUCUCUCUCUCUCUCUCUCUCUCUCUCUCUCUCUCUCUCUCUCUCUCUCUCACACACACACACACACACACACACACACACACACACACACACACACACACACACACACACACACACACACACACACACACCCACACACCCCUACCUUUCUGACUGCUGCAAUGCCCUUCUCUUUGAGGCCCCAGAGAAAGACUCAGAGGGUGUCUGCCUCAACCUCCUUUCUGCUCUGUGGGCCCUUUCAAAGAGAUCAUUGUAAAUUUCAAGUAUAUAUUGGGGGGGGGGGUGACUACCUUGAUGUCUGCAAUAAACAAGCCUCUGGAUCAGCACUUGAAGGUCCAGUCCUCCUUCCCAGCUCCCCCAGGUUCCCUCCACCUUCCCAGAGGCCGAGGGUUUUGCUUAUGGUCUCACAGCCCAUCUGAGGUCUGACCCUCACUGCCUCUGCUUGAGGGGAUUCCCCUGGCCAAAGGCCCAGCUCAUCCCAGCUGGGAAUCAGGGAACCUGGCUUUGAAGGCCUGCCCUGUCACUUAGGACUUUUGUAAUCGUAGCAAACCACUGGCCCUCAGUUUUCUGCUUUGUAAAGUGAGGGGGCUGCCUCUGGCCUUGGAGGGCCCUGCCAGCCCAAUUAGACCCUGUGAUUCACUCCUGUGGCUAGCAGAGGGCUCUUUGCAAGGGCCCUCAGUCCCCAGCCUGACCCCCAUCACCCUCUGCCCUUGUUGAAGUGAGGGUCACUGGAUUCCCCUGGGGACCCUCUCCCCAGAGACUCCACCAGCUUGCUGGGAGCUCUGCUUGGCUGAGGAAGGGGAGAGAGACAGAGACUGCGGGGUCAGGAUCCGCCCAGAAGGAGGCCAAGCUGAGAUUCAGGCUACCGGCUCCCAGCCUGGAGAGGGUGGUGUCCAGGGCUCCCCUCCUCUCCUGACUGGGCAUUCCAUGGAAGGGCCCGGUAGAGCAGGCCGGGGUGUGCAAGAUGGCCAAGGAGCAGGCAGAUUGCUGUGGGCACUCCCAGGCCUGCUAGAGUUAGCCCAGUGCCCCCAGUUCCAGGGUGAGCAGCCUUCUCUCCUUGCCUCUCCUUGCCCCCAGCACACUAACUUUUGAAUGUUACAAUCCAGGGCUGGUACUUAGCUUUUUUCUUUUUCACAUUAAAGGGACAAGGAGCAAACAUCGCAUACCCUGGGUGGGCGGCCAGGCCUCAUCCCAGCCUGUUUUGGGGCAUUACUUUUAAUAAUAUUUCUAACGGUGGCCAAUUUCCUUCCCCUCCUGCUCCAGGGAUGGACGAGGUUGGGGUUUUUUUCUUGGGGCAGGUUGAGGGCUGAUGGAGCCCCUUCAGCUCCUAUCACCCCCAGCUCCCCAGUCUCAGCCUGGGAAAGCUUUCUUUGCACAGAAUGAGCUUAUAGCUUUGUACAGACAAAUGAAUGUAUUGGGGA